CACACACCUGCGCACACACACACACUUAAACCUGGAUAACAUGUGGAGCUGAUUCGGAUUAUAGAGCCGCACAGACGGAAAAGGUCUGUGGAUAGCCAGGCCUUCUACCAUGCCUGUCCCCCCACCCCUCAAUCCCCGCAGACAAACACACCUGCCCCACACAAACCUCCACCCUGAACAGAGAACAGAGCGCUCCAGCUUCACGUCUCCCAUCCCUCCAUCCAUCGUCUCUAUCUCACUACUCCCCCCUCCUCUCAUCUCAUCUUUUCCCUCCUCAUCACAUCUCAUCCACUGGGCCUGCCCCAGGGCAACAAAGAGAACAAUUCCAGACUCUGUCACCUUCCCUGUGUUUCACUGGCUGACUCUGGUCACAUGCUGCCUGCUGCCUUCUCUGAUCGGAGCUGGGGAAACGUGGGGUGUGGUCUCGGCCUGUCCUUUCCACUGUGUGUGCCGAAACCUUUCCGAAUCCCUCAGCACACUCUGUGCCGACAAAGGCCUCCUGUUCGUCCCUCCGCAUGUUGACCGUCGAACGGUGGAACUACGACUGGCUGACAACUUCAUCACCGAAGUGGGUGGGAAUGACUUUGUCAACAUGACUGGAUUGGUUGAUUUGACUCUGUCCAGGAACACAAUCCACCUAAUUCGACCAAUGACCUUUGCUGACCUGGAAAGUUUGCGCUCGCUGCAUCUGGAUGGUAACCGCUUAACAAUAAUCGGACCCAGGGAUCUAGCAGGUUUGGUCAACCUCCAACACCUCAUUAUCAACAACAACCAGCUAGUUAAAGUCUCCGUCCAGGCUUUUGAUGACUUCUUGCUUACCUUGGAGGACCUUGACCUGUCUUACAACAACCUCAGAAGGGUACCCUGGGAGUCCAUUCAGAACAUGGCCAGCUUGCACACUCUGAACCUGGACCACAACUUAAUAGACCACAUAGCAGAAGGAGUCUUUGGAGAGCUUUAUAAGCUUGCACGGCUGGAUAUGACCUCCAACAGGCUGCGAACCCUGCCUCCUGACUCACUCUUUGCAAGGUCUCAAACAGGUGCAGUAAGUCCCACACCCUACAACGCUGUCAUAAGCCUGAACUUUGGUGGGAACCCACUCCACUGUAAUUGUGAGCUUUUAUGGUUAAGGCGGCUUAUCCGUGGAGAUGACAUGGAGACAUGUGCCACCCCUGCUCACCUGGCUGGAAGGUAUUUCUGGUCCAUUCCUGAGGAGGAGUUUACUUGUGAACCACCUCUCAUCACUCGACACACCCACAAGCUGUGGGUGCUGGAGGGCCAACGGGCCACUCUAAAAUGCCGUGCAAUUGGAGAUCCUGAGCCGAUAGUCCACUGGGUUUCACCAGAUGAUCGUAUUGUUGCCAACUCAUCCAGGACCAGUUCUUUCAGCAAUGGGACCUUGGAUAUUUUGGUAACGGUCGCCCGGGAUGACGGGGCGUACACGUGUAUUGCAAUAAAUGCAGCAGGUGAAGCAACUGCCAUUGUGGACCUGAAAAUAAUCCCACUUCCACACCGGGGUGGGGUCAAUGGGAACACUGGAAGCAGCAGUGUAAACACAAAGAACAAUAGGAAUGUGACCAACGGGAUUUUAAGGACUGAUCCAGGCUCAUCGGAUAUCAGCACUGGGAAAAAUGGGAUUAACAACAGUGCAGGACGUGGGGGAGAAACCGAGGAUGGGAGGAGAGAUGGAGAAGUCACCGACGGUGACAGUGGAAGGGCCUCAGAAGGGGAGGGGCCAGAUGGAGCAAGCAUGGAGGAGGAUGAUGGGGAUGAGGAGGAAGGCAGGAUGGUUGGAGUGCAGGGCGUGACAUCCACUUCGGCUCAGGUCCGAUGGGAUUUAGGGCGUUUAUCUGAAGCUUACGUUGUCUGGAUGUAUCAGAUACAAUACAACUGCACCGCAGAUGAGACCCUCAUCUACAGAAUCCUGCCAUCUACCAGCGACCGUUUCCUGUUGAAGAACUUGGUUUCUGGUGUGGACUACAACUUGUGCGUAUUGGCCAUUUUUGAUGACUCAAUCACGUCACUGGCAGCAACAAAAGUUCUGGGCUGCGCUUCAUUCUCCACCAAGGACGUUUACCCAGCAUGCCGCUCUCUCCAAGCCCACUUUCUGGGUGGAACGCUCACUAUACUGGUUGGCGGUGUUGUUGUGGUGACUCUACUUGUGUUUACUGUGGCACUCAUGGUUCGCCACCGUGUUUGCAAUCAUGGCGACCACAUGAUUUGUCAUAAUGGCAACAGCGAGGCAGGAAGUGGUGCCUGCUGUCAGGGUGGAGUAGGAGGAGGAGGAGGAGACAAAGGGGGAAAUGGCAGCGGCUGCUACCAAUCAAAUGGCUCUGGAGAUGUGAUGAUGGUGGUCCUGCCCAAUGGUUUGCCCUCCAAGAGGGGAGGGGAGAGGGGAAAGGAGAAGGACAAGGAGAAGGAAAAAGAUGAAGGCGAUCCUGCUUCCUCUAAGCCUCCAAAACUGCCCCCAAAACCCAGGCCAAAGCCUAAAGUCAACCUGGAGCAGUUUCUUUCAGCUGGUGGGGUGGUUUCCACAACAACAGGAGCUGAAAAUGAGAUGGCACUGGUUGUGAGGCAGCGGAAGCAGGACAGGGCAUUACCACACAACCUCGAGAGUGACAGAACUCCCCUUUAUUACUCCCCUUCUCCUCCAUCUACCCUGCCCCGACAGUCACGUUCCAGGGAUCGCCCAAAUCCCCGUCUGGAGCGAGAACUGACAAAUCGAGCCAGUUUCUCUCUGGCUGCCCCCUUGAGAGACUCAGAGCUGUUGGACUGGAGAAUCACACCCAGAAGCAGGGACAAAUGGAACUCCUCACAGGCUUAUCAGAGCCCUGUUUCCCCUCUAAGCCCUGCCCGUGGGACUGUUGGCAAACGGCGGCACUCACUGGAUAUGGGUUCCUCUGUUGCCCUAGCAACUGAUGCUGCAGCAACUGUUGCCAGGCACUAUGGUGCUGUAAGUUAUGCCAAGCGGCUGAGCGUGAUCUGGACGAGACGGAGUCAGUCGCUUCAUGGGAUGCUGGUACAAUGCGCAUCGACGACAAGCACAACCUCAUCAACAACCAGUGAUGAGGGUGAAAGUGGUGGGGGCUUUGGGGUUCAUGAUUACCAACGGGGGUACAUCCACGCUUACAACACUACCAACUCAAACUCAAACACUAGGAUAACAACUGGGAAAGAAAGGAGUAGAGAGAAAGGUAAGGGCGGGAAUGGUGCUGAAGAUUUGGAGGAGAGUGUUGUGUAGUCAUGAAAAAGAACACAAUGAAGUUAGAAAAAAGUUUUCAGAGGACACUUUGAAUAGGAAGUUGAUUAGGGAAAGUGAUUAGAGGCUAAAUUAAGGGAGCAGUUAAAGGACGGAGGAUGUGAUUUUAUAUAAGACCAGGCCAAGUGAAUUUAGAGGGAGGGAGGAGUAAAUCUGAAGAGCCUUUAUUUGGCCUGUAAGAAGGCCAGAAAAUAAAAAAAACUAGAAGUAUAAAUGAAGGUUUCCAAGUUCUGACCUGAAGAGUGGAAAGACUGGGGUAGAAAUGAUGAAAGAUGGGCUAAAAAUAGUUUCUCAAAUCGUCAAGCUGAGCUUUUUUAAUGAAUCCUGGCAUACUGGAUAUAUAUAUAUAUAUAUAUUCUUUUUUAUGAAAUUAUAAGAUAUUAUAAGUGUAAGUAGGUACAAAUGGAGAGAUGAAAUCAAAAGGAAAACAUCAGUGGAACAAAGGUUAUAAAGAAGAGUGAGAUGGCAUAAGCUCAGCUUGGAUUCCAGUAAAGCCUUUACACUAACUGAGCUACACUUUUGCUAACACUGCAGUCCUCCAGAGUCCAGACCGCCCCACACCUUCACUGGAUCAAAAACGAUAACAAUGCUGGUAAUACUGGAGAAGCACUUCUAUCACAAAACUACAACAGGGAAAAAUGGAUGACUUAACCCUGCUUUGCUAUUCAGGCUUUUGAUUCCAACUCUGACAGCCAUUUCGAAACUUUCUGAAAUUAAAUGAAUGUGACUUAUGUGUCCUCUAUGUCUGGACAAGGAUUUUGGCUGGCUGUGGCUGCGGAUUAUAUAAAUACAGACUAUGGUGUAUUGGACAUGAUCAAUCAAUACAGGCUGGGUGUAAAAGAAAAAAAAAUAAGAGUGAAACCCAGACAUUAUGAAAAGUAUUGGGAUUACAAUCAAGUCGAUACGGAUUACUAAACAGAGGAGAUGGGGGCAUGAUGGAACAUGUGAGCCAUGCAUUUCUGAAAGACAAGCUCAUACUGCAUGUCAGAUAAUGGACCAGACCAACGAAUAAUGCUAAUGGGUGCAUAAGAGCGCAUGCAUUGAUGUAAAAGGGACUAAAUGUGUGUGCGUGUGUAUUCUAUGCACACGUAUACGAAUGUUUGAGUGGCAAUCCAGUCAGACUCCGUUAAUGCAUAAAAAACCCAGUGUUUUCUGAAUAUGCCAUAAAAAGAAUUAUCUGAUCAUUAGAGAUGAGAGGCAGGACAUCCAAAUUAGACUACAAGUGACAUGUUUAAAGGUUGUUGCAUCACAGCCGGUAUAAACUGAUAAUUUCAGGUAAUGUAGCAUGGCUAGAAAGCAGAAACUGGUAGAGUCAAUCAAAUUUUGAAUUCAUUUUGUGUGAUUUUAGAUUCCUUUGUGCCACAUGGAUUCAAGUUCUAUCCAAACUGAAUGUUUUCAGAGAGGAGGAAGGAACAAACUUACACAAUCACAAUGGACGUCACCAUAAACGUAUCAUUUGAAGACUAAUGGACUACAGAGACUUAUCUAAGAGGAAAAAAAAGCAAAGAGAAAACUUGAAAAGUACAUAUAUAUAUAGAAUAUAUAUAUAUAUAUAUAUAUAAAAUGUUACUUGUUGCACCAUGUGUUUCUGUUUAUCUGAGUUUUCCAGGAGGUGUUGUGAGGAGCAAAUGCAAAAUAUGUGUGUGUGAUUUAAGUUUUGGAUAAAAAUUAUGAUUGGAGCUAAAAAUGCCAACUAUCACUUGGCAGAAAAAUAAGGCUCAAAAGACCCUGAGUAAGCACACAGCACAUCCCAAAACAGUCACAAAUGGAUGCCUACGAAACAGCUAACUGCAUUUAUAAUGACGACUUUUACCCAGUAAUGUUGUUUCCUUUCUGUUUUUAUUUCAUUUUGCCAAAGUCAAAAUUGUUCUCUAAACUUGCUAUUAAUAAAAAUUACAUGUAUGGAACAGUGUGAUUAUCAUUAGAGAAAGGUGUGGGGCAUGUUUGUGUUUGAAAAUUUACA